UUCAUGAAGUUUUGCUGAUGUCCCAGAAAACCUUUGUAGGUGCCCAUUACUCCCAAGUCCAAAGGUUGCUGGCACUGAGGCUCAACCCUUCGUCCCAUUGGUUAGCUUAGUCAUCCAAUCAGAUAGGUCUUGUCAACAACAAAUGCGAAGCAAAAUUCAGGUAUCGCAGGCUACUACUAAUACUAUUCAACGACGGUCUGAGUAAAUUUAAAGCAAGUAUUUAGACAGUUUGUAUACAUUUUAGAUGCAUGAAAAGUUUGCAGUUUGAUGCAGAUCUGAAUGAUUUGGACGAAAUUUCAUGGUGAAAAUUACUCUGGGAUUUUACGUCCUCAAUACCACAAAAGUUCCAUGAAAAUAUGAUUUUGCAACCAACUUAAAAUGGACCUAGUUCACUGUAUUCUACGCGGUUGCCACCACAGAGUUACCGUACGACGGUUUUGACGACUUUAUUGAAAGCUUGAAGGAAGUUCCAUAUCGUCACCUUGUCAGCCAGCUACUACAGAGUCGGGCACGUCUUCACACAGCUGUGAGGAGAGGAGAGAAAAGAAAGAAAGAUCUUGGACGGCGCCCGCAAGAUGUCACAAAGUGACCCAUGAAAUGACUAGGUACCGUUAGUAUGCUCCUCUUAACGCUGUUGAUCUGUGCCUGGAUGGUCACUGUUUACUACACUGGCGGAAUGAAUGACACAUCCUUCAUGGUCGUCUUUCCUCGCCGUAUGAAGAAUUUCGUGGGACGGGAAGACGUCUUCGGCAAGAUCGACGCGUGUCUUAAACAGAACCGGACCUGCCUCAUCAGAGGGCUGGGCGGAGUCGGGAAGACAUCAUUGGCUAUUGAGUACGGACACAGGCGUGCGGAGAGGUACCCUGGUGGGGUGUUCUGGGUCAGGUUAGCGAGUAAGGGCGACCUGUGUGCUAGUAUCAGUCACUACAGCUCUUACGUUAGUCUAACCAGGGAAGAAUCUGUACACUCUAGUGAUGAAAUGAGCUGUAAGUCUGUAACAAUGCAGUUUAGAAAGUACCUGACAAAGUCACGAUAUUGGUUGCUAGUAGUUGAUGGGGCAGUCAGAGAAACCAUGAAAGAGUUGGAGUCCCUACUUCCCCACAGCAUCACAGAGACAAGGCAUAUUCUUCUAACCUCCCAGGAAAACCUAAGACUUGAUAAGGAGCGUAUUUCAGUGGUCAGUCUCCCUCCGUUCAGCGAUACUGAGGCCCAGGCAUUGUUUAACAAAACAGUCAGAUCUAGCGGUGAAGAUGACCGUAGAUGGGUGGAGAGUCUAGGCAGAUCGCUCGGCCAUCACCCAUUGGCCCUACAGCUGGCGUAUGCAUACAUUGAGACAACCGGCUGCUCUAUCAAAGAGUAUUAUGACAAAUACACCAGAGCUAACGCCGCUAAGAAAGUAGACUUGCUGGAUAAAAUGGAUAUCGAACAGGUUGCAAACAGGAAUAUUCGCCAAACAUUAGAUUGCACUCUGCGCCAGCUGUCUCCUAGCGCCUCUGUACUUUUGAACAUGACCUCAUUUAUGAGCCCAGACUGUAUUCCUUGUCCCAAACCCUACAACGAAAACUUUGCAAAGCUCUUGAAUACUUCAAUGCGACUGGACAAAUUAGAUAUGAUGGAAAUGGUCGCAAACCUAGAGAGAUUUUCCCUGGCUUCCCGAUGCCAUGCCUUUCAGCCUUGUGCUUUUAGUGUGCACAGGAUAGUACAAGAAGUUGUUGUAGCAGAAUUGAACGAAUCCUUGAGACUCGCACAUUUGGAGAAGGCAUUCAAAUACUCGACAAUGUUACUUAGCAAUGACACCUCCAGGGUGCAGGCAGAAAUCCUAAAUAAUCAUCUGCAUUAUCUGGCCCUAAAUAUCGACAAGUACCAAACAAACCUUUCCAUCAAUGGUACCUACAAUUUCAUGAGAAAGUCCGCUGAGUUUAUUUGCCAAUGGGGUGAAUGUGAUGAGGCGUUCCUUCUACUCCUUGGUCAAGUGCUCAUACUUCUAAGACAGCAUUCUACUCAUGAUUUGUCCUGUCACAUUCUUGAUUAUGUAAACUCUCUUAGGAGCACUCUACUGUCGUGUCCUUCUAAUGGCAAAGUAACUAUUAGCUUACUGGUAAACAUAGCGGAUAGCCUGUUCAGGGUAAUGGGAUACAUAGAGCUACAUGACAUCGGCUUGCAAUCGACUUCCUGUGAAAUCAACCAGGUCAUGACGUCACUAAAAGAUAUGUCUUUCUUCCUUUAUAAGAGACUUCUUCAAAGUGGCAAACUUAACAAAGUUGAUUAUUCUAGACUCCUUACGUCAUUUGCCUGGCUUGUACCUAUAUAUAUUGACGAAGUUUCGCUUGAUAUGGUAGAAAAUAUGCUUUUAAGCCCAAACCCAAUUGCAAAGCCAGAAGACCUUGGGUUAGCGUUCUCAACGUUAACAAGAAGUGCAGUAACACUCAUUCAGCAACAAUACCCACGUGAGUAUCUAUUAAUGAAGGAUCAAGUCAUGGUUAUAAAGCAGUGUGAUGAUGAAGUUAAUUGCCAUGAUGACACAAAAGACAUACAAACAUUGCGUUGCUGCAAUUCGAUGGGGAGCUUUGCGCCCUUGCUGCAACCAUACAGAAGUGUCAUACAGAAAGCUAUAAAGAUUGUCACUAUUGUUCUGCAGACAUACUACCGCUACAUGGACACCUCUACGUGUACUAACAGAUACUUUGAAGUGAUGCUAGGACUGCCCAGGGAGAGUAAACAGUUUGAUAUCCUAGAAUUUGCUCGUGAAGAUUGGCACGAUUUGUUAGGUGACCCAGGAGUGCUGAAGAGUGUCUUGUCUCUAACUAGCACACAAAAUUCUAAGUUUAGAAAAUCAGACAUACUUAUCAAUUCACAACAAGAUUCUGUCUUCCCAUUAGCAUAUCAAUCGUUCCAUAGUGAUGUAAGCUUUAAGUAUAUAGCAACAAUCAUGGCACGUCAGUUUGAGAAAAUCACUGGUCAGAGCGCUGCAGGGCAGGGGUCAAAACAUGGGCAAUAUUCGACACUACGUAUACCCACAGAACACUGUGCAGCUCUAUCAGAGACUUUAGCUUUAAUAGAAAACAACUAUAAAGGGUGCACGUGGUGGGGAAUUCGCCACCAUCUACGGUUAAUGAAGAAACCAGUUGAUGCCUGCCAUCUGGUACGGUCCAUGAUUGCAAAAAUCAACCACCGAAUACAAUCUUCAAAAGAGCAACUUAAGGUAUUAAAGGCCACGAGUUUUGAACUCAAGAAACUUUUAGGCUGGCUAAAAGCUUCAAAACUCCCUCGCAUCGCUAAACUGGAAAAGACGAUGGGAGUAUUUGUAGGUCUUUUCACGCAGGUACAGCUGCAUGCGGGACACAACAAAUCUGCAAAGUCUGAUAUCGAUAAAUUAAAGACAAUUCUAAAGAACUGUUUCCUUUGUGACAGCAGAAAAGUCAUAUCGUCAAUAUGUAGGGAUUUCAUGGAAGACAAGUGUGAAAUGAUCGAUGAGUUAAGACAUAAUUUAAAUAUGGCACUUGUAAGAGAUAGAAAGUUAAAAUAUGAACUUUCUGAGAGUACCAAAAAAAUCACAGAAAGUCUAAGCCUUCUCAUUAGCAUCUCACCGCGGGUGGACAUAGUCGGUAACCCCUUUGUUGAUAAAUCAAGCUAUUCACUUCAAUGUCCUUUGUUGACAUAUAUCUUUAAUUCUAGGAGUAAUUUUCCGAAGACUCUUUGGGUGUGGAACAGACUACAGGAACUGUUAGAAUAUGUGAACUGUUCACUUACUCCUACGGGACUCAAUAUGAGUUGCCUUGAAAACUUUAUGAACAGUUUGGACACACUUUUUAGCAAGUGCGGUUGUCAUAAAUGCGACUAUUCACAACAAAACGUCAAAAGUUUCUUUGAGGUACCUCUUUCUGCCGAAGGAGAAAAUUUUCAUUUUGAGCAGAAAGACGAUCGAGUUACCGGGGUAACCCACAAAGAACAGAAAUGGAGUCUGGCUUACACCCACUCCCGUGGCCUGUAUCACCAUAUACAUGUACAGAACAUAAAAACAAGUAAGAAGCAAAAGGUAAAACCAUGACUGUAAUGUAAAUGUAUACGUCUGCUGAGGCUACGUAUAUGUCAUCUCGAGUUCAUAUUAUGUGUUGAAUUUAUAGUUUCAAAUGACAUAUCAUACAAUUUCUACAAGAAUAAAGACUAUCUACAUUUUACAUUGUGCAUUGCAAUUUUCUUUUACCGUUAGGCCAUGUCGAUUUGAUUAUAUGGAUGACAUCUGCACGCGUACCAAAUUUUCAGCCGUGUCCAAAAAACAGUUUUUCAACCAUGUUGUAAAUCGUAGCCUGGAAUCCAGCCGUAAUAUAGCAAUUACGAAGAGAAGAGACUCGGGAGCUAUAAUACGACUGGAUACCAGGCUAGUAAAUCGUACAAAGCAGCUGCAAAAUGAGCAAAUAUCUGCCAUGGGAUAUUCAAAAACAUAUGCAGGCCAAACAUCAAUUCCAAGGUCAAAGGAGAUAUGAAAGAACAAAAAUGAAUUAUCUAUUGUUCGGUAUACAAUACUA